GGACUGGAACUUGAUAUUUAGAGCAGUCUGACCUCAAACUCAAAGGUCAGCCUGCCUCUGUCUCUUGAUUUUGGGGUCAGAGAGUUGCACCAUUACCUCUAGCCACUUGUAUGAUGGUUUAUAGGAUUACACAUCAAUUUAUUGUAAGGUAAACAAAUGGCCCUUCAGGAUAUUUAAAUCCUUAGAACUUGUGAAUAUGUUGUCUUAAAUGACAACAAGGACUAUGUAGACAUGGUUAAAUUAAAAAUCAUGUAAUAAAGUGAUGAUCCUGGUUUAUCCUAUGAAUCUAAUGUAAUUUGGAAAGUUCAGGAAGGAAAAGGGAAGGCAGGAGAGUCAGGGAAACAUUAAUGUGGCACGAGAAAGGACCUGGCAAACCAUGGUUGACUUCAAAGAUUGACAAAAGGUUUGAGGGCAGCUUUUAGAAGCUACAGGAAGCAAGGAAAUGAAUUUUUACUUGGAGCUCAGAAGAACAUAGCCAUUCUGACAUCUUGAUUUUAGCUUUGUGGUGUUCAUUUCCAAUUCUCACGCCUGCGUCUUAAAAUAAUAUAUUUGUGUCAAUUUAAGCCACCGAGUUGGUACUAAUCUGUUGCAGAAGCAAUCAGAUAUCAAUACAGGUAGGUUAGCUAUUAUUACUGUAUUUCCCAUUUUUUGGUUCUGGCUUUUAUUGAUAUAAUUUAAUGUAAACACUGCUGCAUAAUCAAAGCAGAUUUUUUUUUGCCCAAGUGUAGGCUAUUUUACAGCUUUUCUAACUGUAGCCACUCUUAAUUUGUGAGCUGUCUUUAUAAGGAAGCCAGGUUCCCCUAUAUUAGACAGUGGACAACAUGCCUUUUGGAUAAACAGAUAGACAAUUUAUAGUAACUUCCUUUUAGGUUCUCCAUCAACAGACUGCAAAUCACAUGCUUUAGUUAUUAGCCUAUGCAUUGACUUGGGUCACAGAAACCAUUCUCCGAGGCCCUAGUCAAAUCUAGUUAUAGCCUCUGUUUCUUCAUUAGGGGCCUAGCAGAGAUCCUACAGUAGGCACCAAACCUCAAGAGAAUUAGUGUCUUGUACUAGGAGACACAGGAAAAGGAGGAAAACAAUUGGUGGGUCAGAGGAAGGUUUAAAGAGGAAAGAAAAGAAAAAAAAAAAAAAGACAGUCCAACCUAGUACUGGUGAGAGACAGCCUUCCAUUAUCCAGCCUUUUAGGUUUUGUUACAUUUAUGGAAACUUUGCACGCACCCUCGGGGGACGGGGGCGGUACACCUGCCCUUCUAGGAUUGUUGUGCCUGAGGCAGGUUUAGGGAAGUAGGACUAGGAGAGCAGCCACCCUGGAGGGGUGGUGGGAGACCGCAGGGUGGAGUCAUGGGACGAGCGAACGGAAAGACUACAUAUCCCAGGCCGCCACGCUUUCCAGAUGGAGUCCUAGGGCGCUGACUGCUCCCCAGUUUCCGUAGGGAAGCGCCGGGCUACCACAGCUAUUGUGUGUAGCGCUGUCGCCCUCCUCUUCCCGCUGCCUGCUGUCGUGUUGUUGGAGGAAAGCUACGUUUCCUUGCCGCUGGGCUUAACUCUCUAAGUGCCAAACCCCACAUCACGAUGGCUCCCAGGAACCAGUAGGCGGUCUCUGCAGUUGCUGAGUUGUGGGCGAAGAGCCCCGAAGACCGGAGGAAGACAUCCGAAGGGAGCCCGUGCUCUCGUUCGGUCUCGGAGUUAGGGCUCGGCCAGUGUGAAACGGUGGCAUUGGCUUUAAGAAGGGGGAGGGGAGGCACAAUCUGCCUCUCUUGGGGAGCCGAGGAAGGAAGCCUCAGCUGGCUUGGGAGCGCAAAGAGGCGGCCCCCGCGCCCGUGCUCUCCCCGCCUCCACCCUGGGACGCCCGGGACACAGCGCUGUGCUUUGGGGGAGACGAUGACCAGGGGGCGUGCUGCUCCCUAGGCUGCACCCUGCUGGCAUCAGAAGGCGUUGAUAAGCACUCCUGGUCACCCUCAGCCACCACCGGACUAAGCGCUCCAGCCACACACCAGCGGGCGCUCCCAAGAGUUUCAUUGGAACAGCCCCUCCACUAUUGUAAUCAUGGGGCAUCCCCCGCUGGAGUUCAGCGACUGCUACCUCGACAGCCCCGAUUUCCGUGAGAGGCUCAAGUGUUAUGAACAGGAGCUGGAGAGGACCAAUAAAUUCAUCAAAGAUGUGAUCAAAGACGGCAGCGCGCUUAUCAGCGCUAUGAGAAGUUACUCUUCUGCGGUUCAGAAAUUUUCCCAGACACUCCAGUCGUUUCAGUUUGAUUUCAUUGGAGACACGCUGACCGACGAUGAGAUUAAUAUUGCGGAAUCAUUCAAGGAAUUUGCUGAAUUGCUCAAUGAAGUAGAAAACGAGAGGAUGAUGAUGGUACAAAAUGCCAGUGACUUGCUGAUCAAACCCCUGGAAACUUUUCGGAAGGAACAAAUAGGUUUCACAAAGGAGAGGAAGAAGAAAUUUGAGAAGGAUGGUGAGAGGUUUUACUCCCUACUGGACCGGCACUUACAUCUGUCAUCCAAAAAGAAAGAGUCUCAGUUGCUAGAGGCAGACCUCCAGGUGGAUAAGGAAAGACACAAUUUCUUUGAAUCAUCUCUUGACUAUGUUUAUCAAAUUCAGGAAGUCCAGGAGUCUAAGAAGUUCAAUAUCGUGGAGCCAGUCUUAGCCUUCCUUCACAGCCUCUUCAUUUCUAACAGCUUGACGGUGGAGCUCACACAGGAUUUCCUCCCAUACAAACAGCAGCUGCAGCUCAGCUUGCAGAAUACAAGGAAUCACUUCUCCAGUACCCGGGAGGAGAUGGAGGAACUUAAGAAGAGGAUGAAAGAGGCCCCUCAGACAUGCAAGCUUCCGGGACAGCCAACCAUCGAAGGCUACCUCUACACACAGGAGAAAUGGGCUCUGGGGAUAUCCUGGGUAAAAUACUACUGUCGGUAUGAGAAAGAGACCAGGACACUCACCAUGACACCGACGGAACAGAAGCCCGGUGCUAAGCAGGGACCUGUGGACUUAACUUUGAAGUACUGUGUGAGAAGGAAGACAGAGUCAAUUGACAAGAGAUUCUGUUUUGAUAUUGAAGCUAAUGAAAGAACAGGAACCAUCACUCUGCAAGCACCUUCAGAAGCCAAUAGAAGGCUAUGGAUGGAAGCUAUGGAUGGGAAAGAACCUAUCUACCACAGUCCUAUAACAAAACAGGAAGAAAUGGAGCUGAAUGAAGUGGGGUUCAAGUUUGUUAGGAAGUGCAUCAAUUUUAUUGAGACCAAAGGGAUCAAGACAGAAGGGUUGUACCGCACUGUGGGCAGCAACAUCCAGGUUCAGAAGCUGCUCAAUGCCUUUUUUGAUCCAAAAUGUCCAGGGGAUGUCGACUUCUAUAACAGUGACUGGGAUAUUAAGACAAUCACAAGCUCUUUAAAAUUCUACCUCAGGAAUCUCUCAGAACCUGUCAUGACUUAUAAGCUCCACAAAGAGCUCGUCUCUGCUGCCAAAUCUGACAACCUGGAUUACCGUUUGGGGGCUAUUCACUCCCUAGUAUAUAAGCUACCAGAAAAGAACCGCGAGAUGCUGGAACUUCUAAUCAAACACUUGGUAAAUGUGUGUGAGCACAGCAAAGAGAAUCUUAUGACACCUUCCAAUAUGGGGGUAAUCUUUGGGCCCACCCUGAUGAGAGCUCAAGAGGACACUGUGGCUGCUAUGAUGAACAUCAAAUUCCAGAACAUUGUGGUAGAAAUCCUGAUUGAACACUUUGGCAAGAUUUAUUUAGGGCCACCUGAAGAUAGCCAAGUACCUCCAGUGCCUCCACCUCGAGUGACAGCAAGAAGACACAAACCAAUCACAAUCUCGAAGCGCUUGCUGAGAGAAAAGGCAGUGUUCUACACUCCUUCCCUGGAUGACGUUGAAGAUGAAAUUCACCAUCCAACUCCUAAUGGUACAAUUGCUAGCAACCUGGAUCCCCCCAAGCAGCUACAGCACCUCAAACUACCCAUGCAGAAAAGUGGGGAAAUGGACCCUGGAAGAAAGUCCCCAAGCAGACCUGUUUCUGACUGUCAAACGGAACCCUGCCUAGAGGCGGAUAUGGGGAAGCUGGUAUAUAGGUUGCAGGAUGGAGGGACCAAGGCUAUUCCAAAGGCCUCCAAUGGACCUGUUCCAGGCUCUGGACAUACAAAGACCUCCUCUUUCCAUAUAAAGAGACCAGCUCCCAGACCAAUCGUUCACCACAAGGAAGGAGAUACUGACUGUUUCAGCAAAGUCCGGCCCCCAGGAGAAAAGCAAACAAUCAUCCGUCCUCCAGUGAGGCCCCCAGACCCUCCUUGCCGGUCCAGCACUUCACAAAAGCCAGAGUCAAAGCCAGAAACAGUGUCCAGCAAUGCAGAGGAAAUCCCAUCAUCAGUGGUGGCAUCCAGGACCAGAUUCUUUGAAACAGCUUCCCGAAAAACUGGAAGUUCUCAAGGAAAACUUCCUGGAGAUGAGAGUUGAGGCCACAGGUUUGAAAGGACUUGGUCUUGUAGGACCCUUUUCUGGCUGGGAAAAGGGUCUCCUUCAAACCCUUGCGAGCUAUUGGUGCUGAAGAGCAGCUCUUUCUGGCCUUGUAGACUCGGUGUCUGGGAACCUAUAAAAUAAGGAGCACAUGUCUUAGGCACGUGUUUGUUUCUCCUUUGCAUUCUGUCUUCAUCUCCCCAGAAUUUCGAUUGUGAGCAAUUUCUAGGACACUGGAUGGCUGGAUUCUCUGAAGCUCUAAGCUCUACUGAAGGGAAAGACCCACUGACCUGUAUCCAAGCGUACAACCUGGUUUCCCACUCUUCUCUGAACAGCGUGUUUCCUCGAAGGUCGUUGGAUUCUGCACGAUUCAGGGCUAAAGACUGUACUUAGGUCUCUUACCCUGAUCUAAAGACCCACCUGAGUUGGGACCAUUGCUUACCUUAUUUGGAAGGGGUAGAGGUGUUAGGUGAAUAUUGGAGAAUUACGUCAUGUCUCUUUUCAAGGACUAAUUCCAGCUUGGCACCCUGGUAGCGUGACAUGUUACUGAAAUGCAGAAGGGCUAAACUGCAUGAAUGAUUCACACCCAGAGUCCUUCCCCAGUAUGGGCUUAGGAAAAUAGACUUUUCUCUUUUUGCUUCCUGCCUUUGAGGACAAAUCUGCCAAGCAUGUUUUGCAUGUCAAAGCCUGGGCCUCUCUGGAGUUUCCUUCCUUUCUCCCAAUAGCUUCUUUUCCUGCAAUCAACAAAUAAAACGAAACAGAAAACAUUUUCUGUAAAAAGGGGAGGGGGUCAAGUGUCAGGAAAAAUGGUUAAGAUCGACUGAGUCCAAGGAAUUGUUGCUCUUGCUUCUCAUUUGCCUCUAGCUUAUGACGUGCCCUUUCACCCCCCCCACCACCAAAAUAAACCCAAGCAAACAAACAAAGCCACAAACACAGGAAACCAGAUCUUAACCAGGGGCUUAUGGAUUCUGGAACUCCAUGAUGCCCCCAAGAUGACAUAUACAAUUCCAUGAGGGUAAUGCCUUUUCUGAGCAGAUGGUUCCUAACAUUCUACCGAAUUUCAAAUGGGACUGCAACCCAAUAAAGGUUAAGAACCACAGCCCUUGAGAUAAAAGACUCUUUACAGCCCAUAAAGGGUUGGAUUAGAAGGAACUUUCAAAAGCAUUUAUACUAACAACAGCUUAGUUUACAUGAAGAGCAAGUUAGUGACCACAGCAGGACAAGAUCCCAGGUGUCUGAGCUCCUACAUAAGGUUCUUUUUAGUACACCACAUUUAUCUAGGAAGGGGCCUUGUAGGUGGUGGCUUUAAUGGCCCUUUUGGGAGGUAUUGGCUUUUAUCCUCUUUCUAGAGCCUCUCAUAUUUGCCAGCAAGUCGAAAAUUUCAAGAUACAAGCCCCAGUCCCUUUCAUUACUGCUGGAGUCAUUGAAAGUGCACUAAAGCAAAAGCAGUACCUGCAGUAAGUAAGGAGUCUGAGGAACAGACAGUUUUGAACCCUGUUUUUCAGAGUGCUGAUGCUUCUGUUUUUGGGCGGAUGCCUAGGCUGCAGCCUCCAAGGCUUUCGGGGCUCUUAUUGAGCUCUGCUCUUAAAGCUUUUCCCUCUCUGUUAAUGAGUGAAAAGCAAGCAUAUGGGCAGAACUUGGUCACAGGAGUGGGUUACUAGGUCUUUAGAUCCAUGAAUGAUUAUAAAGACAGUUUGGAUCUGGAUUUUAUGAGGAAAAAUACCAUGGUAAACACUAAAAAUAUUAGAAUACUAUUGAAAGGCAGAGAAAGACAUUGCAAUCCCAAUCGAAAAAGUAUCUAGAAACUUUGCUCUAUGAUUGCGGUAUUAUGUGGGGGCAUGAAUGAAAACUCAGCUGGGGAAGGUGGGGGCACCAAUUUUGGAGGCCAGGGAGCAGUUGGUGGGGGUAGUUCUGCUUCUUCAGUUAACUCUCUUUGAAGACUGAAACAAACCAUUUCCCUUGGAAAAGCACAACGUUCUGUGGUGAAACAUACUCUUAUGAAAUGGGAUUGGCUUGACCUGUGCAUGAUGCAUAGGCACUCACUCAGAAGACAUGAUGGUGUGUGUGGUAACUGUGAGAAAUUAGCAGCAACCCUGGCAAGUAAGUGAGAACUGUUAAGUCUUAGACAGUAACAACAGAAGUGCUAGCACUUAUUAAUCACCCACUAAGGACUAGGUACUUCAAAUGCCCUAUUCUUUCAUCCCUAUAACAAUCAUGUAAGUACUCGUCUUGCCCAGAUCAGAAGAGUACCUAGGUGCAUUAAGUUACUGGGUCUAGGACGCAGACAUAAAUACCAGAGAUGUGAUUUGCAUCCAAGCCUCUCUGACCUUGCACCCUGUGCAAUUUUCCCUAUGCCGGGCUGAGGUAGGUAUUUAAAUAGAGGACACAUGACUGGAGGUGGAUGGACAGUUGAUUCCCAUGUUCCUUACAAAUAUGGAAAGGAAAGCAGUUGGGUUGGGGGAAAAUGGUACAAGUCCAUUUCAUAAGGUAGUAAAAUAUAGACUGAACUAUACUCCAGAUUUGGAUUUUCUUUUCACUCUGGGUUUACCCAUUUGGUAAUAUAUUUUAAAAGAUCAUGCCACCUCUCCUUGUAAAGUGAAGAAUUUGCUGUCAUUAGUAGCUGUGAAUUCUUUGCCUUAGUCAUUUUUUUUGAUAGAGAAAGUGUUUUCCUAGGUGAUUCUGUGCUUUCCCAGUAUGUCAUGGUUUCAUUCAGAAGGCUGAUGGCAUGCAAACAUGCAGAUUGAAGAGGAAAGUUCUCUGUGCCUCUGUGGAAUUGGAUGCCCUGGGGUCAUAUCCCUACAAAGAUUUUCUUCAGUGAAAGCAAAAACCAGGAGGUCAUUUAAUAAAAGAAAUUUCAUUGAAUUUUUUUUUUUGUAUUUCAAGUUGAAAAAUGAAAAAGAGGUGUUAUGGAGUAUCCAGCACCAUGGGACAAAACUAAGCAUUUGAUUUAAAUAGUAAAACAGUGUCAUGCAGAGAGCUUCUGAAAUAAUGGGCUACGAUAGAGAAACAUCUUUCUCUUUUCAAGACGUUCCUUUAUUCUGUAAGAACUACAAAAAAAAAUAAAGGAAUUAGUUCAACAACUUGUAAAAUAAUUGCUUUUGAGAGAACAUAGAUCAGUGAAGCUGUUAUUAAAGUAGCAGCAGACAAGUGGCCUUGACACAUUCCAAGCCUACAAAAGCUUUUGAAACAACAGCAACAGAAAAUCCUGAGAAGCAAAGUAACUUGACAAGAUAUUUUCAAUGAAGAAAAGCCUUCAUUUUUCAUAGGGAAAUGCAGUAUUUUAUGUCAAGGACACUAAUAGAGGCCUUAAAAGAUUGCCUAUAUGUACCAUGUGUGUGAAAUCAGAGAAAAGAAUGAGAUCCCUGAGCCCAUUCAUGUGCUUUUCAAUUAAGUGUGCAGAGUCUCUUGUAUAAAUGUCCUCCCUCUGCAGUCUCAUCACGGAAAUAGUCUUUCAACAUAUCAGGAAUGAUGGUCCACCCACUACCUACUACUUACACCGCCUUGUAAGAUAUCUAAAGAGAACUCAGCACAAAAUUCUUUUGGAUCCACGAGUUUUAAUUUACUCUCCACUUUGCAACACAGCUUUGUCAUUCUCUCAGGCCUCCCAGCAUCUGUACAUGAAGGCUGGCGAUUCUGUCAUGUACGUAAGGAAACAUGAGGCCCAGAGAGCAGAAGAUGAGUUGUCCAUGAGCAGAAUCUAGAAAUGAUAAAAAUCCAGGAUUGAAAACUAGAGAGAGUUUUCCAUUUACCGAACUGUCACAAAGCAGUUAUGACAAUGGAUCCCAGGGCCAGGGAGAUCGCUCGACAAUUAGUACUGGUUGCUCUUUCAGUGGUCCCGAGUUCAGUUCCCAGUGCCCACAUGGCAACUCAUAACCAUCUAUAAAUGUAGCUCCAUAGAAUUCAAUGCCCCCAUCUUUACCUGCAGACAAAAAUACCCAUGUACAUCAAAUUCAUAAAUACAUCUUCAAAAGAAAAUGAAUCCCAAAUGAAACUGAGGACGUUUAGAAAUAGGACUAAUGAAAACACAAGUGUUGGCAUUACAUUACCUGGGGGCUUGUUAGAAAUGCUGAUUCUUGGGAUCUACCCUAGACAUCUGAAAUAAGAAUCUGUAUUUUAACAAGACCCCAUAAGAGAUUUCUAUUCACAUUAAAAUUUUGAGAAACA